UUAAGACUGGUAUGGGUGUGCUAUGGAUCCUUUGUAGCUCAAGGAUGAAUCAUUCCCUCUGUUUGUGACUGAGUGUGUGCGCUGUGAGGAGAAUAUAAUCUGUGCAGCAGACGAUUUUACUCCACCAUAAUAUCUGCACAACUUCUUUGGGAGCACAUCAACUCUGAGACAUGUCUAAGCUGGAGAAAGCUAUUUUGGCCAUAGUGGAGGUGUUUGAGGAGUAUGCAGGGACAGAUGACAAGAAAACACAGUUGAGUAAUGCUGAGCUUGCACAGCUUAUUAAAAGUCAACUGAGCAGCCCUGAAUUCAAGGAUAAAGUGGAUCCUGAAAAUAUUAAGGAUGUGAUGGAUAAACUGGAUAAGAACCAUGACGGAGAGGUGAACUUCAAUGAAUUCAGUCAGUGUGUUGCAGGCCUAGCCAGAGCCUACUUUCAGAAGAUGCACGGCAAGGAAAAGGGCAAAGGGAGGGGCAGGGGAGGCCAGGAUAAGUGAGCAAUCUUAAUACUCAUCUCACAUUUGUCACUUGCCUCAUAUAAGACCCAAAAUCUUGAUGAACAAUUUCUUGCAUUGUUUUCUAUAUUUGUUGUGGUUAAAAAAGAAGUUUAUAAUUGUUUGUAAUAGAAUAUAUCAUAAUAGGAAAAGGUUCCAUGUCCUGGCAGACAGUGUUGUGCAAAUUGUCUAUCCUAUAUAAUCAAACAUGAUGCAUAAUUUUUUCAAAAGUGCCAUUUCUAAUUUGAUGUUUUCCAAUAAAACUUUCUUGUGGUCAA